UAGGCGUGGCUAGCGUAACUCUCGCGCCUGGCUAUAUAAGAGAAGCUUGUCGCGUGAGGGAACAAACAAUCUUACUAAACAACACUCCCGUUUGGAUCUAGCAGAGCCUGGCAUCAUGAUGGAAAAUACGGUACUACCCGUCACGACUCUUGGAGGACAAACAGUCCUGUCGUCACCUCUCCCAGACAGACCGUCGUGCAUGUUCUCAAUGGCCUCAAUGGCCACUUCACCCCACCCAUCUCCCCUUACCCCCGGGAACAAGUCUCUCAGGAUGUCCAUGAAAGAGAACGCGAGGGAGGCGUCCCAGUGCCGCAGACGUCUCGACUUUUCACCCCAUCAGACCUACCUGGGCUUCCACCGUCCCCCCACUGUCGCCGUCGCGAGGAGAAACGAGAGGGAGCGCAACAGGGUAAAGCUGAUCAACAUGACUUUUGCCACCCUCCGCGAGCAUCUACCGCACGGCUCCAAGGGCUCCAAGUCCAAGAAAAUGAGCAAAGUUGAAACUCUGAGAUCCGCCAUCGAAUACAUCCGUCAUCUUCAGGGUAUGAUUGGCGACCCCGAGGCCAUGAGGGCUGUGCUUGAGGGGAGUCGGGCAAUGCUAGAGGGGGCAUGUUCCAUGUCCCCCGAGUCGUGCCUCUCCCCCAGUCCCUCCACUAGCUCCCCAUCGCCGUCACCCUGCUCCACAGACUCCUCGUACGAGACGCUGACCAUCGAUGAGGAUGAUUUGAUUGAUUUCGCCAACUGGUUCUGAACCCAUACAGGUGGACGAAUCACGUGAUCUCACUAUGACUUCUGAUUGGCUAUCCAAGUGUCAGACCGCUCCCCUCCUGGCACACAAAGAAGGGGGUACAUGGAGGGGGUAUGGGACGUAACCUUUGCAACAAGAUAUUGGCGUCAUGGAGACUAAACAAAGAGCGUAGGAACAUGGAAGACGCUGAUCCCCCAUCCCCAACCCCCCACCCCAAACAGUGCUCAACUCAGUAUUAUGUUAUCAUGUCCUCAAUCAAGUGGUGCUAGAACGGACCACCGAUCUCAAAUGACAAACGAUGAUGAAGUCAAACUUUUAUUUAUUACCUGUACUUUGAGCGUGAAUGUGUUAUGUUACUGUGUUUGUUAAGGAGAACACAUCUAGAACGAGCCAAAUUGAACUGGUAUCGUUCAUAAGCGCUGCUCUCCGUUUACCAGUGUUAGCUGUUCAAACAAUUUUAUUCCAGUUAUCAAAUAUUUUACGAUGAUUAUUCUCAUCGGGAGAUGAAGGAACGGCUGUCGGCGUGGAAAUGUGCUUAAGACUCCGGGAAGAUGUGCUAUCCCUGUGCGGAGUUUGCUGGUCACAGAUACCCGGAUGUAGUUAGGACGUCCAUUUAUUCACAUUUACUACUUGACAAUUGGAGAGCUCUCUAUUUUUACAUUGUAUGUACAUACUCAUUGUUAAUUUAUGAAUAUAUUGUAUCAAAUUGAGAUUUAUUAUAUUUUUGUCAAUGAAAUAAAGAUAUG